GUCCUCUAACGGCAAAAAUAAGAAAAAGUCAGCCAUAUUUGUACAAGAAGGACAUCUAUUAUAGUUUUAUAAAUGGCUGAAAGUUUAAAGAAUUUUGGAAGUGUAGUGUUUAACAACCGGCAUAUAAUUUUUAAAGCGAUAUUCUCAAAUACUAAACAAUUUGUCACGAUGUCUGAAUCAUUAAAUAAAGUACCCGAUGUGGAUAUUGAUGGCCAUGGAAGAUUUAAAUAUAUCUUAAUCAACGUUUUUGACGAAGCUAAUAACGUUAGCAAAUCUAUUGUCAGAGGUUAUGCUAGAGCUCAAUGGCAUAAUGACAUUUUCGAUGAGACUGGAGAACAAGUGAAACCGAUUUCCGGUUUACAACUCAAAUGCCUUGGAGGUGGAAGAAUAGAACAUGAUCCCGAUAAAAAAACCAUUAAAGUCUUUGGAUAUUCUCAGGGUUUUGGGAAAGCAGAUCACGAGGUAUCCGUUAAUAUACUAAAAAAAUAUUAUCCUGAUUAUUCGAUUACAUGGUCAGACGAUGGAUACUAAUUGAUAAGAUGAAGAACGUUUCUUCAUAUUCAGCACAAGAUGGGAUAUAUUUGAAUACAUUAAAUAUGUGGUUUAAUAAAGAGUUUCUUAUAUUGUUAA